AAGCCCAUUUUUACGGCUCCGCCUGGAUACGAUGUCGAUAUCGACCAUCCCCAGAGAUCGGGCGAGGCCGCCAACUUCUGGAUUGGCACCUUGGGCAUGAUCGUUGCUGCCAUUUUCAUGGCUAUACGCGUCUACACAAAGAAGAGACUAGCGAAGAAGUUUACUCCGGAUGACAUAGCGCUGCUUAUAGCCUGGGUGCUCCCCAUCCUAUGUACGUCUACCAAGAUUCAUCUCCUCCAUCCCUGCUCUAACCACCCAGCAGUCCAAUACGGCCGCGGUACUCUUGGCGUCCACAUCUGGGAACUAACCGGCCACCGCGUCAACUCUACCAUGAACUUGAUCAGCGUAGCAAGCAUAAUCUACUGCCCCUUCCUCGCCAGUGCCAAGCUCUCCCUCCUCUUCUUCUACCUCCGCCUCUCCCACCUCCGCUGGUUCAAAUCAUGUGUCUACGUCAGCAUGUUCCUUGUCGUAGGAUACAACAUCGCGCUUGUCUUCCCUCUCAUCUUCGCUUGUACGCCUUUCCGACGGAACUGGGAUGUUACCAUCACGGAGGGAAGUUGUAUCGAUAGAACACCGCUUUAUAUGGCGACGGCGGUGUUGAAUAUGGCCACGGAUAUUUUGUUGCUUGUUCUUCCGGUACCGAUGGUGGUGAGGUUGCAGAUGCCAAGGGCGCAGAAGUUGGGGUUGAUAUGCAUUUUUGGGGUUGGCUCACUGACGUGUAUUACAAGCGGCGUCCGUCUCGCCCUCCUCUUCCCCAUGCUCCAAACAAUCGAUCAGACCUGGGCGAUCGUCAUGCCAGGCAUCUGGAUUCUCAUAGAAGCCAACCUCGUAAUAAUAACCGGCUGCCUUCCCGCUAUGCGACUCUUCUUCCGACACGUCGCCCCCCGCCUCAUCGGCGAAUCUACGUUACGCAGUAGUCGGAAUCGGAGUCGAAGUCGGGGCACCAAACAACAUCACAGUGCAGGAGGAGGAUACGAUGUGAAUGGCUCGGAGCAUCAAUCCGAGCUCAAAACAAUUGGCUCGCGGACUACAAAGACGAUGAGGUAUGAACGUGCAGAGGAUGA